AUGUUCCAUCUGUUGGCUGGUUGCUGUGCGUUUUUUCAAUGGUGGCAGAAACCUGUUAGGAAAGUAACACUACUAAUGGUAGGUCUUGAUAACGCUGGGAAAACUACUGCCAUCCGUGGAAUUCAAGGAGAGUCUUUUGAAGACAUAAUGCCAACAGUUGGAUUUUCCAAUGCCCACCUAAAAGAGGGACGCUUUGACAUCACCUUAUUUGAUGUAGGAGGUGGAAUAAAUAUUAGAAGUAUCUGGAAAAAUUACUAUGCGGAGGCCUAUGGCAUCAUAUUCGUUGUGGAUUCCAGUGAUGUUGGAAGAAUGGAGGAAACGAAGGAAACCAUGGAAGAACUUUUAAGCCACCCUAAGAUAUCAGGAAAACCGAUGUUGGUGUUGGGGAAUAAACGAGAUGAAGAAAUGUCUCUCUCUGCAGCAGAAUUAGUUGAAUGCUUGUCUCUGGAAAAACUCGUCAAUAAAUACAAAUGCCCAUGUCAUAUUGAAUCUUGUUCAGCCAUCAUGGGCUCUGGAAAAAAAUUUGAUCAAGCAAUAAAAAAGGGGUUAUACUGGCUUUUAGAAAACAUAGCGAAUAAUUUUGAUACCCUAAAUGAGCGCAUUGAAGUAGACACAGCAGAACAAAAAGCCUAUGAGGAACAGCAGAAACUAGAACGAGCCGAACGAGUGAGAAAGAUACGAGAAGAAAGGGAAAGAAGAGAAGGAAUUGUAUCUGUUGAAGACGACGACCCUGGGCCUGGGAACAAUGAAAACCCUUUCCAGCCUAUUUUGGCUGUAAUCUCUCAGAAUGAAAAGCAAAUUGAAGAUCAAAAGAAGCAGAGUUUGGAGACUUCGCAAGAAGAACACGAACAAAUGGAUGCCCAGAAUUUAUCAAUUAGCAAUAGCCAAAAUACAAAUGAUAAUAGACUAGAAACAUCCAGUUCUGCAGCUACAGAACUUUUGCAGUGUGAAGAGAAGAAUGAGCAGAAUACCCCAGAAUCCCCUGACUCAGAUAACAAGAAGAAUAAAAGUAGGAUACUAAGGUUAAGAAGAUGCCACAGAGUUGUACCUGAGAGUGGAGAAGACAUGGUUCCCAAAAAGCCUAAACCACCAUCAUCUCUUAUACCAAUAUUCUGUGGAACUCCCAAACUCAAACGUCGACAACUUGAGCCUCUUAGUGAAACAGAUUAUGCCGGCGUCUAUGGAAAUCCACUGCCUUCUCUGAACUCCGGCCAAAGACCCAACAGUGAAGCCCAUGAUGUUAUUGCUUAG